AUGCAUGGGGAAAGUGGGGACAUUCGGCCACAUAGUACUGGGGGGCCCAACUCUCCCAGUACAAGCGAAAACAAUGAUUGGACAAUAGUUUCGCUGGGCGGGAUAAACAUAGAAACAACAAAUAAUGCCUUGACGGUGAGAAGACAAAGUACAGUGAGAGUAUUCUUGCCAAGUAUUUUUUUUUCAUGUGUACUCAACCAGGGUGGGGGCGGUAUCGGUCCCGGGGCCGGUUCGCCCGAUUCACGCGAGGCUGUCCAGGGCUUCACCCAUCGUUGUUACACAAAAAGGAAAGUGGGAGAAGAAAAGAAAAAAAAGAAAGAAAAGGUGCCGUUUUUUCGUUCUUUUUUUUUUCGAAACAACAAUGAAAGAAGGCGCAGUAUAGAUGCGGCAGAUAGACGUGGCGUUGGCGUGACAGGCGGCAACCGCCGCACGUCCCCGCCAAGACUACGUCUUGGCAAUCGCGGGGCUUACUAG